AUGACGACUUCUACUGUUAGUCUUCUCCCUAAGAACCAUGUCGCCACCAAAAUUGACAUCCGAGAUGAAAAAUCCCCCGACUCAUGGGUUCCCCGUAAUCCAGAACUCAUUCGUCUAACCGGCAAGCAUCCGCUGAACGCUGAGCCUCCGCUGAGCAAGUUGGUGGACCAAGGUUUCAUCACUCCGAUUUCAGUGCACUUUAUACGGAACCAUGGAAAAGUCGCACCCACAAAUUGGGAAACGCACCGUCUCACAAUAAGAGGUCUUGUUGCAACUGAAUUGUCCUUCUCUAUGAACGAGCUUAUCAAGCUUCCAUCAGUUACCAUGCCAGUGUCACUGACUUGCUCUGGCAACCGCCGGAAAGAAAUAAACAUGGCCAAGCAAACAGUUGGUUUCAACUAUGGUGCUGGUGCCACUGCUUGUACUAUGUGGAAAGGUGUUCGCCUAACGACCUUACUGAAUAUGGCCGGGAUUGAUAUGCAACGCGCAAAGCAUAUUAGUUUCGAGGCUACCAGCAAGGAAGAGCUGCCUACGGGUGCGUACGGAACCUCGAUUGAUGUCGCCACUGCGAUGAACCCCUAUGGUGAUGUACUUGUCGCGUAUGAGGCAAAUGGUGUGCGUCUCAAACCAGACCAUGGUUUUCCUGUGAGGCUCAUUAUUCCUGGCUGGAUUGCAGGAAGAAUGGUGAAAUAUUUGUCGACGAUCGAAGUAAGAGAGAAGCCAUCAGAACACUAUUAUCAUUUCUUUGAUAAUCGAGUCUUCCCCCCGCACGUUGAUGCCGAGUUUGCACACGAACAGGGCUUGUGGUACAGUGAUGACUUUUUUUUCAAUGAGAUGAACAUCAACUCCGCAAUUGCUCACCCAGCGAACGGAGAGCGUCUGGUUGUCACCGAUUCGGGUACUUACAGCAUCAAGGGAUACGCAUACUCUGGCGGGGGACGUAAAGUCAGUAGAGUGGAGAUCUCUCUGGACUGUGGCGAGACAUGGCUGAGCUGCAAAACCUCGUAUCCCGAGGAGAAACACAGUCAUGCGCCUAGCACAGGGAAGUAUUAUUGUUGGAUGUUUUGGGAAUUGGAUAUUCAUCAUGAAGAUCUCUAUAAAGCCUGUCUUUCAUCUGGUCAGUUCCAGUGUCGGGCGUGGGAUUCAAGCAACAACACGCAACCGAAAGAGGGCACGUGGAAUCUUAUGGGUAUGGCCAACAAUCGCCACUUUACUAUUAAGAUGAAUGCCGUCGAGACUUCUAACGGCACUGUCAUUGACUUUCAACACCCGACUGUGCCAGGCCCGGCAGAAGGCGGGUGGAUGAUGUCAACUAGCCCUUCCAAAUCGUCCGCACCUGUGCCAGCAAACAGUGGUUCCGGUACCGAAAAAGCCAAACGUUCGAAAAAGUUCACGUUGGAGGAAGUCAAAAAGCACAAUUCAGAGCAAUCAGCUUGGAUUAUCGUCGAUGGUAAGGUAUAUGACACCACAUCAUACUUAGACGAGCAUCCUGGAGGAGUGAAUGCCAUCGUCAUGGGCGCUGGAGAAGACGUUUCAGAGGAGUUCAAUGCUAUCCAUUCUGCUCUAGCUACAAGAAUGCUUGAGAAGUAUUAUAUUGGCGACGUCGAAGAUGAUACUGAAUACCUUGACGCAUCCAGCGUUUCUGACCUCUCCAAAACAGAAUUUGAUGAAGUUACUGAAGCUACGCUCUCUUUGAAGGAUGGCGACAAAGUGGCACUUGACCCUAAGAAAUGGACCGCAUUUGAGCUCAUCGAGAAGGUUGAGAUUUCUCACGACACGAGACUGUUGAAAUUCAAGUUGCCAUCACCGGAGCAUCGUCUAGGCCUUCCUGUGGGACAUCAUUUGUUUGCGCAGGCAGUUGUUGAUGGGAAAAUGGUCAUGCGCGCAUACACUCCUGUUUCUUCUGACGAUGACUUGGGUCACUUCACCCUGUGCGUCAAGGUGUACUUUGCCGAUGUGCACCCGAAAUUCCAGGAUGGCGGGAAAAUGUCACAGUACAUGGAGGGGAUGCAGAUUGGUGAUAUGCUGAAGGUGAAGGGACCGUUGGGUCACUUUGAGUACAAGGGCAGAGGGAACUUCACUGUCAAGGGUAAAGACAGGCAUGCGUCGAAGAUUGGCCUUAUCUGUGGUGGGACUGGUCUGACGCCGGCAUACCAAGUGAUUCAGGCAAUCUACAGGGAUCCAGAGGACAAGACGGAUGUGCAUUUGCUAUACGCGAAUCGAACGGAGAAGGACAUUUUGAUGCGGAAGGAGCUUGAGAAGAUGGCUGCGGAGCGUGAGAACAUUCAUUUGUGGUACACAGUGGGUCGGUUCGGGCCGAAGUGGAAGCAAAAGUACUGGAAGACUAUGCAGAGAUGGUCGGCACCUAUCCCGGGAUGGAAGUACAGCCUGGGGCGUGUGAACGAGUCGAUGAUUCGCAAGCGGCUUCCGGAGCCGGGGGCUGACACAUUCAUUGGGAUGUGCGGACCGCCGCAGAUGGUGCACCUCACAUGCGUGCCCAGCUUGAAGGCGAUAGGGUUUGCAGAGGAGAAUUUUACUGAGUUUUAG